CAGUCAGUCUCUCGUUUGUCGUCGUCGGUGACUCGUCGCGCGUUGGUAAGCGUAGUGUGAAGUUCGCGUUUCGCCGUGUGAUUGAGUUAAUUAGUGAUCAAUAAAAUUUUCUAUGCUAUAAAAGUAACAUUUUGUGCUUAGCCGUAAGUGAUCAUAGCUUGUUAUCUUUAUAAUAGAACUGUUAAUCAGCGUUGGUGAUGUUCCUGUUUGAGCAGUAUGCAUUUUUUCGUGCUCUCCGCACGCCAAAAAGGCAGCCAUUUUGACUACUCUCGGUGUGCGCUCGAUUGUGUCGCCGAACGGGGCGGGUGACCGGGUCCCGUUUUAGCAAAAGCCGCCGACCCGACCGAUGUACAGUGAAUAUACACAUAUUGGGACUGCAGGAAAAGAGACACACAGCGGCAGCGGUGCGACAAAAGCGAUCGGCGGCCAGACUGUGCAGAAUACGCGAAGACGGCGACCGCGUUCGUGCUUCGAUCCCGUGUGAGAACUAGUCAAGUGGAAUAACAAUUCUAGUAAAAAUGAUCAAAGGCACCUGUCAUCUCGUGAAAUAUCGUAUCUGUCAGGUGAAAAGUGUGCGUUACUAUUGUUACCAGAUAUGGUAACCUAAGCGUGUAAACAAACAAACAGCUGGUGUUUGGAAAGUGCGUAUGUGUACCGCUAGCCUAGUGUGAGUUAAACAUCACCCGAUGGAAGAGAAAUCUGUUGUGCUAUAAUCAUUAAUCAGAAGGUAAAAAAAAUAGAAAUUAGUGCUAGUGCGAACAUCUGCGUUCGGCUGUAAAUAUACGACGAGGGGGAAGGAAAAUAUCAAAUAAGUCCAUUAUCUCCCUCGAUACCUGUACAGAGUGCUAAAGAAUAAUUCAAAUAAUCGAUAUCGUUAAUCGAGAGUGCUACGAGAGAAAAAGAUAGAAGAAGAAUCAAGUUUGGUGCUGGUCUUGGAGCGAAGCUCAGCAAUCAGUCGCGGUGUCGUCCUAUCAGUGUGAGCGUGAAACCAAAACCCCGGCCCUGGAAUACGAAAGGGGCAGAAUCCAAUGAAUUGUAUUAAGGAAGAAAAAAUAAAUAAAAAGAAAAAAGUAACCCAAGUGAUGUAAGGAAGCGGCAGGCAGCAGGAAUCACGUGUAAAAGUUGAACACGGCUACGUACCGGUAAACGGCAUCAAGAGCAGCAAUAAGGAAGCCGGAGGAGAAUCGCGCAAAAUCUGGUUUUCUCUCCCCGAGAAACCGUCGUAGUUGUCGUCGUUGCAGCAGCGCUUGAAGCGCGCACCGGACGGCACACGCACACCUGUCAAGAUAGGGAAGAUGGACAAAGAUGGUGACAAGAAGGGUGGCGACAAAAAAGGUGGGCAAUCCGGAGCCGGCUUGGGAGGCGCAGCCGGUGUUCCGGAUCCUGCCUCACUACUUGAUGCUGCUUCGUUGUUCGCAUACUGGGGACGGGAUCCCUCGGCGAUGGCUGCUGCGGCCGCCUCGAAUCAGCUCUUCGGUUCCCAGUUCGGAAUGCCCGGUGGCCUUGGCGGUCUGAUGCCGAACGCGGCGGCCACGUCCGGUGGCGGCUCCGAUCGCUAUUCGAUGUCCCACUCGCACCCGAACACAAUGGCUGUGGCCGCAUCGCAGGCGGCUUCUCUGGCCGGUUUGCAUUCCAGUUGGUGGUCCAUGGCUCAACUCGCGGCCCAGGACUACUUCGCGCGACUGCAAGCGUCCGGUAUGUCGCAGCUACAGUUCCCGCACGGAGCUGAUUUGGCCGGUGCAUUUCCUGGUGGAUUAGGCCUUGGCGCAAUGGGUGCAGCCGGUGCUGGUGGUGCCGGCGGAACCGGCAAUGCCGGUGGUACCGGAGGUGGAGGCAGCAAUGGAAAGGGCUCCGGUGGCGGCAAAGGGAAGAAACGGGACCGAAGUAGCAACAGUAACAGUAGUAACGCCAGCAGCGGUGGAGGUGCUGGAGGAGCAAAUUCGUCAUCAUAUAAGAACUCGUCCUCCCCGUCCGUAUCGCAGGCAGCAGCAGCGGCAGCCUACAAACAGUCCCUGUACAGCCAAGCCACUCUGCACAAAGAGCUGAUGGCCAUCACGGCAGCAGCAGCUGCAGCACAAAGCCAACAACAGCAGCAAGGGUCCACUGGUGGUGGUAUCGGUGGGGGUGGUGGCGGUGGUGGUGGCGUUGGCUCCGGUAUUGGUGGCAAUAGCAAUCAGUCUGGUUCAUCAAAGUCCAAAUCCUCCUCGUCAUCCCACGGCGGUGGAAGCGGUGCUGGGGGUAGUAAUCGAGGAGGUGGCAACAAUGCCGGAAAUGAAGUUCUGUCGCUCACACGAGGAUCCUCGUCGUCACCGUCGGUCAACUCGUCAUCCAAAUCGCAGCAACCAUCACCGAACGUCACCAUCAGUGCCAGCAACAUGUCCAACUCGUCACCUGGAAACCACUUACAGAAUCUCUCACGGUCGGGAAAGGAUUCCGGGAAAGGUGGUGGAGGAGGGGGCAGUUCGGUGUCGGAUUUAGGUCUAAGUGCAUCUAUGAAUGCCCUGAGCACGCUAUCACAGUUUGGUAAUUUGGACCUAUCAACGCAGCAGAACGUUACGGCGACGAUGAAUGCAUUGGCUGCCAGCUCUGCUAAGGCGAAAGACUAUAUGUCAUCCGGAAUACUCAGUGACCCGUCUUCGUUGCUGGGAGUGCGCCUACCGCCGGACACCGAGAUUAUUAAAUAUACCAGUUCGAUCGUGGGCCCGAAAGUGUCGGGAUCAACGGGGCGUGGACGUAAGAAACCCGUUUCGUUAGAUGAAAGUUCAAUUUUUGCUCAAUUACAUGGUUUAAGUGCAGCCAAACGAGCGAGACUGGAAUCGAACGAUUUCGGACAGCAGAGUACGGUUGGAGGCUCCGGCCAGGGUGGCGGAAAUGGCACCAGUGGCGCCGGUAAUUUAUCUGGUCACGGUGCGGGGGGUUCGGGUGGCAGUAGUUCUGCGAAUACCAGCGUGAACAACGAUCGCAUUGAAGUUAUCAAACUUCCGCCUACAAUAACGUCCAACGGGGUGUACAAUGCGGGGAAAGGUAAAGACUCGAUAUCAGAUUCGGUGAAUGAGUGGGCCGGUUUGAAUCUCAGCUCAAAAUCUUCUCCUUCGAUUGCAUCAUCGCUAGCGGCGGCUGCCGCUGCUGCUGCUGCUGCAGUCAAUGAACCACAAGACGAUGCGCCGCUUAAUCUGUCGAUGAAACCGUCGAAGCCGUCCGAUAGUCGGGAAUCAUCCGUGCCCCCUUCCGGUUCGGCGACCCCCAGUGCCAAUAGUCUACAGAGUCUCAGCACCAUCACGGCAGCUCUGGGAACCUCUGGAGGAAGCUGCAAUUCGGAUACACCACGAUCUCGUCGAAAAUCCAACAACAAAAACCGCUCGGCUGCAGCAGCCUUUGCAUCCUCGUUGGCCACUGGCAACGCUUUGGGUGGCAGUGCUUCAUCCGGUGACAAUAGUAGCGCACUGAACAGCAGCAUCAGCUCACUGCUGUUGGCUGCAAGCGGUGGCAGCAGUGGCGCUGUUGGCGGUACCUCUGCUACAACUGGUAGUGGCAACGGAGCCCAAUCGGCCGGUGGAAGCGCUGCCACCGGAGCCGGUGCCACUAGCGGAGGUGGAGCCAGUGGUGUGAACAAUCAUUUGGCCGCCCAGCUCGGGCUGAACAGCUCGCUGUCCGAGCUGCUGAAGAUCUCCAAUUACGAGGAGUACGAUUAUGCGGCGCUCACUGGAUCUCAAUUCAAGGAGGGUCGUCCACGUAAUCUUGGCCGUGGAGUAUCAAAACCGAAAAAGAACACGGUGGCGUCGCUGUUGGCUCAGAGUCGGGCCGUCGGUUCGAAACCGCUGACCGCGCAGCAACUGCUUACGCAAGAGGCCGAAAUAGAAAAACUUCGCCAAGCAAUGAUCGAAGCUAGUCAAUCGAUGGACAGUACGUCUAACACCAACACCGAUAGCGAGAGUGUGGCCGAAAGUGGCAUGUCCGAAUCGGAAGGUGAAGAGCAAAUCAACGUCAAAGAGCUGCGGGUUCCUCUGGAGAAGGGCUGGCGGCGGGAAACUGUUAUUAGGGGACUCACCAAAAACGGUCAGAUCAAGGGCGAGGUAUUCUACUAUCCACCCCAGAGUUUGAAUAAAAUGAAGGGCAUGCAGCAGGUGCAAUUGUACCUGGAUCAAUUCAAACCGAAAGAUUUGACCCGGGAUAACUUCAGUUUCUCGGCAAAAGCGAUUGUGGGAACGUUUCUGCAACCAGCGCCACCACCGUAUGCAACUGACGGUGAGUACAUCAAGAUGACCGAUGUAGAGGUUGCCCGGCGAUUGGAGGAACUGAAAAUGUUCACCCGCCAUACCGCACUAGGGGUGGAACAGCGGAUCGAAAUUGCCAAACAACAGCAGGCUUUGCGAGACGCCAAGAAGAUGGCCAAGGAUGAAAUCAACAAGAACAAGGAGAAGGCUCGGCAGGCAAAAGAGGCAGAACGUAAUGAGCGGCUGGAACAGCAACGAAAGGAGCGAGAACUCAAAAAUCAGCAAGCUUUGGAGGCCAAGAAAAAACGAGAGGAAGAGCUGGCUCGGCAAAAGGCGGAGGAGGCAGCCCGGAAACAGCAGGAGAAAGAACAGAAACGGCAGCAGGCACUGCUACAGAAAGAACAGGAACUCGCCAAACAGAAAGAGCUGAUGUACGCCGUCGAAAUGGAACGUGAACGACGCCGGCAGCAUAUGGCCCUGAUCAAGCAGCUCGAACUUCGACGGAAGUUCGAAGAAAAGGAGAAAAAGAAACAUCAGGUCAUCUUGGACAAACUAAUCCAACGCGAGAAGAAGUUAGCCAUGCGAAAACGAGACACCAGUAUUCUUCAAGAGCUAAGAAAACCCCAGGAGGAUUCGGAAAUCGGCGACCAAACGGAUCUGCCUGGUUUACCUCGAAUCCCCGGCUUGAAGCUGACCGGAACCGGCUUUGCCGAUCUGCUGAUGGUGUUCGAGUUCCUGCACAACUUUGGUGAAACCCUCGGUUUCGGUGAGUCAACGGAUAUGGAAUCACUGCCAACGCUACAGUCACUGCACUCGGCACUGACCUGCGAUAACGCGCUCGAAGCCGAGGAAGAACUACUCUCGGUGAUGACACACCUGCUGGUGUGCGCUAUCGAGGAUCCUGGCAUUCCGAACCCCGGACGACACACGACACUGCUGGGGCAAACACUGCGGCAGGCUGACAUCACUCAUUCGAACGUUUCGGAAAUCCUAAGGAUAUAUCUGUAUGCUGUGGCGAUAGGCGAAGUGAAGCAACAGAGUGGCAUUAAUCUGGAGCGAGAGCGCGAGCGUCAUCAUUUGCCCACGGAGGAGGACAUCAAGACUGCCAGUGAUAAGAACAGACAGUUCUACGAACUGUUGUCGGAAAACAUGCGUUACAAACUGUCAGAGCUGCUGAAAGAUAAACCGUUCGUGUCGAUCAAUCCAACGACGAAGGCGCAGAUUUUGGCGAUGCUAUGCAACGAUCUGCUGCUAAACAAGGCAGUGUGCAGGCAGAUUGAGGGCAGCUUGGAGGCACAAGCUCAACUGAAAAAGGAGCGGUACUUGCUAGAUAAUAAAAUUAGAAAAUACAAAAUGCUGGUUGCAAGAAAGCAACGGUUGGAACAGUACGAAAAAGCACAAGCAGCAGCUCUGGAGAAAUCUCUAUCCAUGAAAGCAGCCGAGGACGCCAAACGAGCAGAGGAAGCAGCCGCUGCGGCUGUGGCUGGCGAAGGUGGCAACACAAUAAGUUCAGGCGAACAACAACCAGGGGAGGAGAAGACUGAUAGCAACGAAGUCGAAGUGAUCGAAACGGAUGUAGCACCCGCUCCGGUGGCAGCUGGUGAAGUCGAAAAUCCAACACCUCUACCGGUGCCUGAGUCAGAGCACAAUCACAAAGAUGAAGUCGGCGGUCUACACUCAAGCCAAGAACCGAUCCCGUUGAACAACGGAACUAGCACUCCAAUGGAGGAAAGCCCGAUAAAGGUUCCACCUCUUCCACAAAUGCACGAUGAAUCAUUGGUGAAGCCGAAAGAGAUGGCUUUCACCGAAAUGGGAGACAUAUCUGGCCUCAAUGUAUCGCAGCAAACUUCCGCUGCAGGUGAUCUAGAUAAUCCCUUCUCUAAAUCGAUGAUCCACGAUGCUCCGAGUGAGCGAAAUGACGAAGACAAUAGUGAUUUAGAAAGCGAAGGAACUCAGUUGGAGGAGGACGAAGACGCACAGUUAACAGCCGAGGAAGCACAAAGGAAGUAUGAUAAAAUUUUGGAGGAAUCUUUCCAAAACAAGCAACAGUUGGAGCAUGCCCUGAAUCAGCUGCGUGUAAAAUGCUUCGGUCAAGACCGCUACUGGCGUCGAUACUGGAAUCUGUCCAAGUGUGGUGGCAUUUAUGUGGAAGCUAUGGAAUCCACCCAGCCGGAUGUGAGCAAAUACGAGAAUGCCCUCGAUGAGGUGUAUGCUAGUCAAGCGGCACAAAAGGCAGCGACUGCCGCAGCAGAAGCGGAAGCGGGACAAACUAUGGAGCCAGUAGAUGAAGAAAUCCCCCCGGAAGACGAUCUGCCCCGUUUCAUCCCCACGAUAGCCGAUAUCGUUAAACGUGAUCGGGACAAAAAUAAGGAAAACAAAGAUUCCAACGAGUUCCCGCUUCACGUUGGACUAGAGGACCGCAAGCGAAAGCGUUCGGGUAGAAGUAAAAAGAAGCAUGAUUUCUACAACCAGGAGAGUGCAAACGAUAGUGAAUCUCAGGAUGUCCAAGAGGAGGAUAAUUCCAGAACCAGUUUCAGCAACUGCGAAGAAAGCCGAGCGGACUCCCAUUCCGAAGCGGAUCAUCUAACAACAUCAGUUACGACGCCGGCUGCUGCGCCAUUCGAAGAUCAACAAGCAGUGAAAGUGAUCGCCCCUGUGUCCAUCAACGUGCCACCACCCCCACCGCCUCCAAUGGUGCAACAGGAACCACCCGUACCAGCACCUAUCCCGUUGGGAAUGAAAAAGAAACGAGAGGACGACCACCUAAUGGAUAUCGAAGACUCCAUCCCCACUGCAAUUCUAGUACAAAAAGGCAACAAUCACGACGAGACGAAAAUUGUUGAGGUAAACAACCAAAUCGGAGGUGUGAACGUUAAUCGGCAGCAGCAGGAUGAUGGGGAUGUUCAGCUAGUUCAAGAAGAAACGCCUACCAUUACCAUUCCGGACGACGACACGGAAAGUGGUGACGCAAAUCGCCACCAGCCCGUCGGUAUGCUACAGGAUUGUGCCGAUCUGAACCCCAACGGCACCGGAGGUCUCGUUGGUGUAAGCAACUGUGAUAUUAAGCCAAAAUUGGAGAAUGGUGAAAUCGGUUCUGGCUGCGAAUCAGGCGAGGACGGCCACGGUAAAGCUCUCUAUGGCAACGAUGUGGAGAUGAUAGAGCUGAAGGAGGAGAAAGUGAAAGCAGAAUUUCAGCACAGCAUGAACCAAUUUCUGAUGGAACGUUGGUUUUCCAUUGUGGACAAGGACCUGCCGCUAAGCAGUACGGAGUGUCCGCUUCCCUCGCUCAAAGGAACCACACCGGCUGCACUUGCCAGGCAAAUUUAUACGAACAUCACCUGCAAAGAGAUAUGCCAGAUACAAGGCAACCGUUGGGACAUAGGUAACAAUAUUCAGUUUUUUAGCGUUCCUCUGGAGAAAGGAGUGGAUAUUCAUUUCAAAAAUGAAUCCAUUCUAUCAUCGUCCGGAUUGGAUGAGGAUGAAAUGAACGACGUUAUUGCGAAGAAAGUGAAGAAAGAACCGGAACAGUUGACCGAUCUGAAGCCGGCAUUGAAACGAGAAUCGAUUGACGAUAAUCAGUCGGAAGCAAAGCACGAUAUCAAACAAGAAGGUGAUUCGGAAGAGUUUGGAUCUUUUUCCCUUCCGGCCUACAUGACGCUCACGUUGAGUAAUUUGACUGCCUACGUACAGUGUGACCAAUUUCAGCCGUUACAAAUGACCCCUGAAGAGCGUAAACAAAUGGAAGAGAUUAAGGUGCGAGGAUGCUUGCAGAAACCGGAAGUCAGGCCGAUCGAAAAGCAGCUUCGCUACGGUUGGUGGAAAAUCAACGAAAUCGAAGAAUUAAAUGAUUUCAUCAAAUCGCUCAACCCACGAGGAGUUCGAGAGCGGAGUUUGCGGCAAAAUUUGCUAGAGUCUUUGUCCGACAGCGUGAACCUGACGACACCGUACCACGUGGCUCAUCCGAGAGCACCGCUUACUGGUUGGAUCGAGUCGGAACCGUGGAACGCGUGGAAUCCGGCAAUCGCACGACGGGUGGAAAUCGCUCUGCUAGAUCAGAUCGAAGCUAUGGAAGACAAGGUGGCAUCGGCCUCAAUGCAGAUCAAGGGUUGGCAGAUUCCCCAGCGAGAGGGAGACAGCGAUAACGAAGUCACCGAAGAUGUUACCAUCGAUAUGCUGCGGGAGCGAAUCGCCGGCCUGGAGGCGGCUAUCGAGAGGCGAUAUCUCAAACCGCCGCUGGGAAUCAAUAGUACGACGGAAGCUCAAAUGGCUGUGAUCGCACAGCAGGAAUCACAUAAUCACAGCGCAGCGUUGGCUAAUACGUCCAAUUGCUCAAACAGCUCUGAGGACGAAAACAUUCCCAAAGGGCUUGUGUCAUGGCGCGACGCGGUUGAACGAUCGGUCACUACCGCCCAACUGUCGAUGGCACUGUACGUGCUCGAAUCGUGUGUCGCGUGGGACAAAAGCAUCAUGAAGGCGAAUUGCCAGUUCUGCCAGUCGGGUGAGCAGGAGGAUAAGUUGUUGUUGUGUGACGGCUGCGAUCGGGGUUAUCAUACCUAUUGCUUUAAGCCACGAAUGGACAAGAUUCCUGAUGGUGAUUGGUAUUGUUUCGAGUGUAAGAAUAAAGCUACCGGUGAUCGAAAAUGUAUAGUCUGUGGAGGCCAGCGGCCUCCACCCUUAGGUAAGAUGGUGUACUGUGAACUAUGCCCUAGAGCGUACCAUCAGGACUGCUAUAUUCCACCUAUGUUAAAGUAUCCUAGAGGCAAAUGGUAUUGCCAAAACUGCAUCUCGAAAGCUCCGCCCAAGAAGAAGCCGCAGCGCAAACCCAAAGAGAAGCAAAACCACAACUCCUCGUCAACGCAGCUCAACCAGUCCAAUCUCAGUAAUCAAUCGGCCAAUCAGUCGCUGAACUCAUCGCACGAAGAGAUCCCACCGUCGACGACUCCAACGCACAUGCUGGGCACCCCGGUGCCUAAUCCGAACUCGAACGUUAACAUCACCCCGCUAAGUCCAGCACAUUCAGUAGCAUCCACGACCCAUGAAGAGCUGUCGUCGACUACUGCCGUCGCCCAGUGUUCCACGCCGAUGCCAACGCAGUCAGAGUUCAGCCAUCAAAGUGCUCCUCAUCCUUCACACCAUCCGCAAACGCUCGUCUAUCCACAGCAGCAGCAGUACACCAAUCUUGAGGGAACUCCGGCAUCUAGUGUAUUGAAUAGUUUUCAGCUGCCACCUCCGCCGUUGACUAAUAGCUACGAUGCCCAACAGCAACAACAGCAGCAGCAGCAACACCAACAACAUUAUCAGCAUUACUAUCAAUCUCAACCGCAACAACAGCAUCAGUAUUACCAAGCGCAGCCGCAUCUGCCACAAAUGGUCGAUUAUAAUAUGUACGCGCAGCAUCCGAUGCAAUCUCAGCAGCACAUGCUCCCGGAAUCUCAUCUGUUUCAACCAGCUGGUGGAAGCAGCAGUGCAGCCCCAGCUGUGCCCAGUAUGAUGCCUCUAGCCAACAGCCAACAACCCGCUGACAAUGGUAGCAGUAUAGAAAACAGCAGCCUAAACAUUUCAAUGGGAAGCAACGACGGUGGUUCUUCGCAGUACGAAGGGCAUCACACUCCGCAGCAGCAACCCUGCCAGGACAACAGCGGCAGCAGCAGCAUAACGACACCCGGUUCCGGUUCGGCCGGGUACUAUUCGCCGUCGAGUGCAAAUGCAUGCGCCUCCGGGUCCGGGUACGACUCGGAAAAACACUGCGAGUCCUCCGAAGAACAGCUGCCGUCGUCAGCCUCCGCCACCGGCGCAAGUGGUUCGCACAAGUCCGACAAGAAGGACCGCAAGGAGCGGGACGAGGCUCGCGAACAGGCCAAGAAGGAGAAGAAGGCCACCAAAAAGCUGAUGAAGGAGCUGGCCCCGUGCAAGACCGUGCUGGAGGAGAUGGAGGUGCACGAGGAUUCCUGGCCCUUUCUGCUACCUGUAAACACCAAACAAUUUCCGACCUACCGGAAGAUUAUCAAGUACCCGAUGGAUUUGUCGACUAUCAAAAAACGCCUGCAGGACAUGGUUUACAAAUCCCGUGACGAUUUCAUCGCCGAUGUGCGGCAAAUAUUCGACAACUGUGAGGUAUUCAACGAGGACGACUCCCCGGUUGGAACGGCUGGCCACGGGAUGCGCAAGUACUUCGAGCAGCGCUGGGCCGAACUGACGGAGAAACACUCAUCAUGAUAUCACGCCAGCAGCAGCGGAGCCACCAGCCAGAAAUCGAUUCAACCGGGUGCGGUAAUAGCACCAGCAGCAGCUGUGGUUACACCCGUACCGGGAAUGCCAUUGGUGGAAAAUUCAUUGGAACCAACGAUCCAGCAACCGCUUUCGUUGUCGUCGUCAUCAUCGUCGUCGUCAGCGUCAUCGGUGACUGUUCGGUUGGAAUCACGCAGUAGAGAAGAAAAUUUGGACCAGCAGCCGCCCGUUGUUGAGGGCUCUGCAGCUGAUCAGUGCAUAAGUACUACUGAAUCGGUGUCGGACGAAAGAGACGGCCAAUAGAAGGAGUAACGGCAGCUGGCAAGAAGAUGGGAACGAGCAGUAGUUUUUUAGGUUCACUUACUUGAUUUCGUAUUGGGAAUCUCGCCAAGCGAGAGUUAUUUCACUGUGUGAGAGAGAAAAAUACCGUUGCAGUAUUUUUUUGUAAUUUCUUCGUGCCGUGAGUAUAGUUAUUUAAUUUCUGUGAAAAUGAUUUAGUUUGGUUUAGUUUCAAAAUGAAAGCUGCAAUCCAUCGACCUUUAAAAUGGAAUCGUUCAGUAUUGUUCGGAGAAUGAUAAUAAAAGAGAAGAAGGUAACGGUAGUAAACAUUUAAAUUUUUCGGAAAGCGUUUUGGAAGUAAGAUCAAAAUUGCUAAAAUAUAUCAAAAAAUCAUAAACUCAACACUAACUUAAAUGUAUUCAAGCAAGAAAAUAGACUGUUAUACAAAUAAUGGAAAAAACGAUAACUUAUUGAAAAAAAAAAAAACAAACUACAAACUCCCUCUACCUUUAGCGUUAGCAGUUCAAACAUGAGCGUUAUACCUACUAACUGAAUAAUGAGUGAUGAAAAAGAGUUCUCUCCAAAUUGCAUCAAAUUUAGACGUGAUUGAGACCUAGAACCGUUUUGGGACACGAAGCGAACAGGUACGAGACUGUACACAGUUAAAAGGCCGCGCGUACGCUCCCAAAUGGAAACUAUAUUUUUUAAACGUACAUAUAUUUAUAACAGUCCUUGUUUCCCGCCCAAAACUCAUGUAGUAGAGAAAAGCAUAAACUGUGAGACUCGCGCACGGUGUGAGUAACGAAAUCUCCCCUCCCGAACUGUGCCGCUGCUUUGGGGCACACCACUAUUGAAUGCUUUGUGUUCCAAGGGCCAGCAGCAGCAGAUCGACACUCUGGUGUGUAAAUAGUAGCGUUUAGUUAUUUUUACCGUUAAGUGCAAGAAGUUUUAAAUAAAGGCGCAGAUCUAUUUAUAAGAAUAAUAAAACUGAAUUACUAUCUACCAUCGGCUGAGGUGGUAAUUUCAAUACGAAAGAAAGUGAUACCACUCUCAAAACACAUAGGCGGACGCAAAUAGGAGUUCUUUUUUUU